AUGAUUAUUCUAUUUAGAUUGACCGAUCAUUCUUUUGAUGAUAAAGUAUUUACAACUGCGACUGUAUGCGAUUAUUGUAAACGGAAAAUUUGGAUGAAAAUUGGCCGUCAAUGUCGUGACUGUCAAAUAGCAAUACAUAAAAAAUGCGAAGAUAAAAUUAAUGCGGAAAUAAAGUGUACACGUGAGCCCAUUGGUUUAAAAACUAACCAAACUACUACAGCACCCGAUGAAGAUAUGAGAAGUUCAAUUAUAGUAGAAUCAGAUAUUGGUCCGGUUCUAGCAGUAGAUGAUACUGAUUCAAUUACAAUAAAAAAUAAUUAUGAAUUAAUACCAAGUCCAAAUGUAAAUCGAACUACUACUAUGACAUCUGCCACCAGUACUCCUACCACUACUGCCACCGUUGCCAUCACCACAACAACAGCAAUAGCAGCUGCAGCAGCAACAACAAUCCCAGCAACAAUAACAGCAGCAGCACCAGCACCAGCAGCAACAACAACAACUACAUCAGCAAUAGUAUUACCAACAACAGCACAUCGCCUUUCAACGAAAGCGGCUGCUGCAUUUUCAGUGCUAGAUUCAACAGCACGUCGUUCAUUUCGUGCCUUUGGCAAUAGAAAUCUCAAUUCAACAACAGCCAGUUUCGGUCCGAAUAUUGGAACAACAUCAGAAUUAUCAAAAAGUGAUGAAUCAAUAAAUGAUCCCUCAAAUAUUCCAACAGCGAAAGUAUCAAUAGUAAAUUCUCCGAUUCAUGCAUCUUCAAAAUUAGCAAAUGCUGCGUCAUCAGCGUAUAGUAGAUUUCGAGAGUUUAAAUCUAAACGAUUACCCUCAGCUUCUGAAAUUAAUCCUAUGAAAAAAGCUCCGUCAACAACAGGUUCAAUACCGAAUGAAAAUAUUGCUGAAGCUGAUCUACGAGAUAUCAUUACUCAAUGCUUGUCAGAUGAAAGUAAUGAUAUUAAAAAUCUCGAGCAUUUACUACACGAACGAGCUGUUGAUGAUACAGCACUUUAUGCUAGAGCACGUGAAUUUGGACAAGAAUUAUUUCCUGAAUUAGCACCCGAUGAUCGUAAACAAAAACUUGAUGGUGAAAUUUCUCGUUUGCAACAAGAAAUGGAUUUACAAUGUCAAAUUCGUGAAGAAAUGACUCAUGAAUACGAGAAUCGUCUAACUGAUGAAAAUGAAAAACGAAAGCUUCAAGUUAAAAUUGCUAAUAUUGAUGAAAAAGUUCAAGCAUUAGGAGCACUAACUAUUCUAUAUUGUUCAGGCCUUAAACAUUGUUGUGCACAAUUAGCAGCGAAAACAAGUAUGGACAACGAACUCACCAGUGAUUUAUUAGACGAAGAUGAUAAUAAUGGAGAAGACGCUCCUUUGAAUCAUCCUGUUGAAUAA